AUGGCCCCACCUUUGGCAAGAUCUGCUCCAGGUGAGCUCAACCAUUGGUGGAGCCAGCUUAGGUUUCGCCUCCAGAACAGGAAGGGGUGGAAAGAGACGCUGGAUGAAACUUUUUUGUUGCAGAACAAAAGGACAAAUGACAUCCCUCUCUUCUUUGCGGCCAAAGAGAACAGUGCAGGUUGCAUUAAGAAACUUCUGGACUGUGCAUCCACUAACAUCUUUGAGAGAGGUGCUCUGGGGGAGACAGCGCUGCAUGUGGCAGUUCUGAAUGAUAACAUGGAUGCUGCCAUAGCUCUGAUGGACGGAGCACCUGAACUCAUCAAUGAGCCCAUGACCUCUGACCUCUUCCUUGGCAUGACACCUCUCCACAUUGCUGUGGUGAAUCAGAACUUUAACCUGGUCCGCAGUCUGAUUGGUAAAGGGGCGGAUGUGGCCACGCCCAGAGUCACAGGCCUGUACUUCAGGAAGAGAAGAGGAGGGCUGCUCUACUAUGGUGAGCACAUCCUGGCAUUUGCGGCCUGUGUGGGGAAUCAGGACAUUAUUUCCAUGGUGAUCAACGCAGGAGCCAGCACCAGGGCCCAGGACUCCAUUGGUAACACAGUGCUCCAUAUUCUGGUCCUGCAGCCCAAUAAGACUUUAGCAUGCCUGGCGUUGGAUCUGUUGUUGGCACACGACGUUGAGCUGGACCAGACUGUGCCACUGGACAUGGUGGCCAACUAUCGUGGCUUAACGCCCUUCAAACUAGCUGCCAAGGAGGGCAACCUUGUGGCCUUCCAGCACCUGGUCAACCGGAGGCGAGUCGUCCAGUGGAACCUGGGACGACUGACUUCUAACCUCUAUGACCUCACAGAGAUCGACUCCUUGGUCGCCGACGACAACCUCUCUGUGCUGGAGCUCAUCGUGGGCAGCCAGAGGAGAGAGGCAAGAAGGAUACUGGAAGUGACUCCUGUUAGGCAAUUGGUCAGUCUCAAGUGGAACCUCUAUGGAAAACACUACUUUAGGUUGUUGCUGCUGCUGUACCUCCUGUACAUUGGGACCUUCACACUGUGUUGUGUGUAUCGCCCUCUAAAGGACGCUCCAGAGAAUUACACUGUAUCUGACAUGGACAAAACCAUCCGCGUGCAGAAAACUCUGAAGGAGAGUUAUGUGACCUAUGGGGACAACUUGCGUCUGGCAGGAGAGAUGAUCAGUGUCCUGGGUGCCCUGGUUAUUCUGCUACUGGAGAUCCCAGAUAUGCUGAGAGUGGGGGCCAAGCAGUACUUUGGACAGACGGCUCUGGGGGGACCCUUCCAUGUCAUUCUUAUUGCCUAUGCGUUCCUGGUGGUGCUGCUGUGUGUGUUCAGGGUCAGUGGGGUGCAGGGGGAGACAGUUGUCAUGGCUGUGUGUCUGGUGCUGGGCUGGAGCAAUGUCAUGUUCUUCGCCCGAGGCUUUCAGAUGCUGGGGCCUUACGUCAUCAUGAUACAGAAGAUUAUAUUUGGAGACCUGACCAAGUUCAUGUGGCUGAGCUUCAUCGUGCUCAUGGGGUUUUCUACCUCCCUGUGGAUGGUGUAUAUGACUCAGGACCCAGACUCUCUACCUGCGUACCGCUCCUUCCCCAUCACUCUGUUCUCCCAGUUUGAGCUGAGUGUGGGUCUGAUAGACCUGCCAGUGGACCACACCAUCACAACGCCCCCAAUUGUCCAUGUGCUGCACUGCACCUUCUCUGUGGCCUGCAUGCUGCUGCUCAACCUGCUCAUAGCCAUGAUGAUUGAUACACAACAGAGAGUUGCCCAGGAGAGGGAUGAGCUCUGGAGGAUACAGGUGGUGGCCACUACCCUGAUGUUGGAGAGAAGAUUGCCCCGCUGCCUGUGGCCCCGGCUGGGGGUGUGUGGACUGCUCUAUGGCCUGGGGGAGCGGUGGUACCUCCGGGUUGAGGAUCGCAACGACCCACUGGUGCAAAAGAUGCGUCACUACGUCAAGCUGGAGAACACUGACACAUCAAAAGGACCUGGAAACCUGGCAUUCUGGCAGAUGAUUCACCACAACUCUCUGGGUUUAGACAUGGAACAGGAAGAGGAUGACCAGGAAGUAAGAUAGAUCUGAGGUUUAAGACAGUAAAACAGAUCAUUAUAUUGUUAUUAUAUAAUGUAUGUGUGAUGCAAGUGUCAUGACGUUGGCCUCUUUGGGUAUAGCAAGCCCCAUCCCCCUCUCCCUUCCUCCCCCUUUCCUCUUUCAACUAGGUUGCUGUGGUCAGAGAGACUUUGUAAAUUCCUAAGGAUCUCCUCAUGGACACAGUAUUGUUAGGAAAAUUAUGAUUAAAUGACUGAACAAAUCAUUUUAAAUGGAACUGUAAUGGAACUGUAACUAAGUAAACUUAUACUCUGUUUUAUUAUAUCUGAUUAACAAUAUGAGUUCAUAAGAAGGGAUUGUGUGACACGGACAAGGAGUGAUUAAAGUUAAUGAACACCAUUCCAACUAGGAAGAAAGGAAUGGUUUGUGGAUUAAACAGAUAAGGUAGUUAACCUAUGGUUGAACCGACGAAACUGAGCUCUGGGGUGUUUUAGAUAAGGCAGUGAGUGCAUUCCUAGGUUUUCUGUUAAUUAGAACUGUCAGCUAAGUGGUGAUCGAUAAUGGUGAGGAGUCAAAAGUUAAUUCAGUUUUGUUGUGUGUCCUGUGUAUGUGCUAGGGGGUCAGAAUGAACUUUGAAUUAACGUUUAAAGUUCCCUUUGUCCCGGGCUGGAGGAGGAGAUUCAUUUUUUAAGCAAUGAAAUGACGUCAUGUUAUUGUAUAUAAACUGUUGCUCGUGGUAACGUGGCAGCG